AUGAGUCACAUCGGCCACAUUGAACCUUUCGACGAGACCACGAGUGACUGGCGCUCGUACGAGGAAAGGUUGAAAGCCUAUCUUUUGGUCAACGAUGUUCCAGUAGCAAAGAAGGUUCCUGCGUUCCUGAGUCUCAUCGGCGCGAAGACCUACGCGCUGCUCAAGUCGCUGACUGCACCGGACGCACCGUCGUCACGAGAGUUUGACAGUCUCCUGAAACUCCUGAGCAAUCACCUGGCACCGCAGUCGUCUGUCAUCGCAGAGCGUGCUAAAUUUUACAAGCGGUCACAGCGAAGCGACCCAUUUACUGUACCCGUGAACGUUGACGGUGUCCUACUGACGAUGGAGCUUGACACCGGCGCAGCCGUAUCCGUCAUAUCAUGGCGCGAAUUCCAGAGGUUGUUUCCACGUAAGCGACUUCAGCCAGCAUCGUUAAAGCUGCGCACGUAUACUGGGGCCAUAGUAAAACCGAAGGGUCUGGCGAAAGUCGUCGUGCGCCACAACGACCAGUGCGUGGAGCUUCCCCUGUACGUCGUGGACUCUACAGGACCGGCACUCCUCGGCAGAGAAUGGUUGCAAGAUAUUCGUUUGGAUUGGAAGAACCUAGUUUUUUUUAAUCACCUUGGUCUCUCUCGAGAAAUAUCAAAGCACUGGCAAGAAAAGCUGGAAGCCAUGCUAGAAAGCCAUUCCGAACUUUUCAAGGAUGAGCUAGGUACCAUCACGGAAGAGCAGGCCGAGCUUGUCCUUCGCGAAGGGUCACAGCCGAAGUUUGUAAAGGCAAGAAGCGUUCCCUUUGCUCUGCAACGUGCAGUAGAAGCGGAACUUGUGAAAAUGGAGAAGCUUGGCAUCAUAACGCCUGUUGCUACAAGCGAAUACGCAACGCCCUUGGUACCGGUAGUGAAGAGGGAUGGAAGCCUCCGACUGUGUGGCGAUUAUAAAACCACCGUCAAUCCCUGUCUAGAAGUAGACCGCUACCCGCUACCUCGGAUAGAUGACCUUCUCGCAGCGCUUGCAGGAGGGGAGGAAUUUUCGAAGAUUGACCUGAGUAGGGCCUACCAGCAGGUAGUUAUGGCGGAAGGCUCCCGGAAACUACUGACGAUAAACACGCAUAAGGGCUUGUAUACUAUGAACCGUCUGGCUUUCGGCAUUUCGUCCGCCCCAAGCAUAUUUCAAAGAAUUAUGGACAACAUGCUGAAAGGGUUGGAAGGAGUCAGUUGCUACCUUGACGACAUCCUGGUCACAGGCAAGACCAAGCGAGAGCACUUCCGUAACUUGGAAGCCGUCUUGUCAAGAUUGCAGGAACGCGGUGUGCGCAUCCGGCGCGAUAAGUGCUCGUUCUUUCAACGAGAGCUCCGUUAUCUGGGCCACGUCAUCAACGCCGAGGGUGUUUGCGCAUCGCCUGAAAAGGUACUGGCACUACUAAAUGCGCCUGCUCCAAAAGACAAGCAGCAACUGCAGUCAUUCCUUGGGAUGGUCAAUUAUUACGGCAAGUUUGUUCAGCGUCUCUAG